AUGCUCAAAGACCAUGACCCCAAGGAGGACCCAACUGACAAGGUGGUGUCGGUCGCUUCGCGCACUGGCGAAGACAAGCCAGCCGACGGCCGCCUCAAGCACAACCCGGGAGUCCAGAGACUCUUCCACGAGCGCCGGGAUGAGGCGGACCCGGACAGGCGGCGCGCUCUCUCCAAACAGCUCUGGAGGGCAUUGCGUCGACAACGAAGAGAAAAACAAGACAUGGAAUUGGAAGCAUUAGUGGUCAAGGGCGCUGGUCUUCAGGCGCUGCGCCGGGCACAGCAGAGACACAAAGGCAUAGGCCGGGCCUUGCUCGUCAAAGAUAAGGGCGGCGUUGCCCAGACAGACCCGGCGCGUGCCCGCGGCGCCGGGCAUGCCGCGGAGCCGCUCGUGGAGCCCCAGGAACGGAUGCGCUCCUCCGACCCGGUGGCGCCCUGGGCUGAGGCUCUCGAGGUGGCCCGUCCUCUUGAGCCUGCAGCCCGACGCGACGCCGACGACCGCCGUCCCGAGGAGGCGCUGCUCACUGAGGCCCAGACGGCGCGCAGGAGGAGCUGGGCCCUCGGCGGCGUCUUCCGCCGCAAGUCCGACCCCGCCGGCAGGCUGGACGGGAAGGACCCGCCGUUCCAGCGCAGCUGGUCCGAUCCCGCCGCGCCCGCCCGCAGCGCCUCGCCGCGGCGCAGCGCCUCGCCGCGGCGCAGCCCCUCGCCGCGGCGACGCCGCGGCCGGGCGGCCCGGGAGAUGCACAGGCUCCUCGGGGGCUAUGUCCAGGAGCACGUCCGGGAGCUGCUGCGGGAGCAGAGCCAGGCGGAAGACGCGGACGACCUGUUGACCUCCUACAGCUCCUGGGAGGUGCUGACGCCACAGGAGGACGACCAGCUCUGCAUUGCGCUGGACCCGGUCGCCGGUCCCAAGAUCGACGUCACCAUCAUGCCCGCCAGCCCGAGGAGGCGCCGCUCGCUGCCCGCGGUGCCGGAGAACGGGGCCCUGGCGUGGUGCGACGUGGCGCGCGCCAUGUCGCAGGAGGACUGUGCCCUAGAGUCGAACGGCAUCCUGGCCUCGCUGGUGCCGCAUGUUCUGGAGCCCGAGGAGCCGUGUUGCACAGCCUCCGAGCCCACCAGCGCGUUCCGCGCCGCCACAAAGGCGCCGCCCGGGCGCCCCCAGUCGGCGGCGUGCUCCUCGUGGAGGAGCAGGGGUCGCCUCCUGGACGCGGCUCUGCACGAGCCGGGCGUGGCCCGUGGCGGCCGCCCGCUGAGCGGCGGAGCCGCCCGCCUUGCGGCGGGGGGCCCUCCGCGCGUGGAGCCCGUGCCCUCGGCGAGGGAUAUCUGA